AUGAUGAUGGCCAACCAGUCGCAGUGUAAUGAAGUCAAUUGCACUAACUGUACUCUGGAUUUCACCAUCCACCAGGGCCUGUUUUCAGCAGUCUACAUCAUUAUACUUAUCAUCAGUCUUCCCACCAGCCUCCUGUCGCUGUUCCACAGCUACCUGCAGAUCAAGCAGGGCAACGAACUGGGGGUCUACCUCUGCAACUUGACCAUCUCUGACCUGCUGCACCUCGCUUGCUUGCCCCUAUGGAUUCAGUACCUACUGAACGGAGAUAACUGGGUACAUGGUGAGGUUCUCUGCAGGCUCACCGGUCUCAUCCUCUAUGAGAACAUCUACGUCAGCAUCGCCUUUCUCUGCUGCAUCUCCAUGGAUCGCUACCUCGCGGUGGUCUACCCUUUGCGGUUCUAUUCUUUUCGAACUGUGAAGGCCGCCCUUCUGGUCAGUGUCCUGGUCUGGAGUAAGGAGAUUGGAAUGAGCCUUUUCAUCCUCAACCACAAUGAGACAGUGAUGGAUCAGAACAACCAUUUGCUCUGCUUCGAGCAUUAUCCCCUUCAAAGAUGGCAGAAGAUUGUCAAUUAUUAUCGUUUCUCAGUUGGCUUCCUUCUCCCCAUUAUUGUGUUGUCCUUCUCUUACCACAGGGUGUUGGCAUCAAUAAACAAGAGUGACAGCGUUCAACAGGAUCAGAAGCUGAGGAUCAAAAGGUUAGUCUUGAGCGGCAUUGUGAUUUUCUGCGUUUGUUUUGUUCCCUAUCACAUACUCCUGCUGACCCGAACUCUGCUCGAGACGGACUGCACCUCCGUGAAGACCUUGUUCCACUACUACCACUUUGGGCUGCUGCUCACCAGUCUGAAUUGUGUUGCCGACCCCGUCCUCUACACCUUCAUCUCCGAGAGCACGCGCAGCUUCCUGAUGAGGCUCCUCGAGCCCGUGGUGAAUCUCUUUCAAGCACGAGACACAGGGCGGGUCGACCCACCGGGAUGCUGCGUCAUUCCUCCAGCCACGGUGAGCGUUACCUCAAGGGCCAGUAUUCUCUUGACAUCUGUAAGAACAGAGACCCGGAAUGAAUGCUGAGCCUACCGCGGCAGUACAGGCACUAUCUGGGAGACCUACUUUCGAGUGAGAUCCGAUGGACAUGAACUCAUUUGGGGAUCUGUGUGAAAAGCUGGGGAGAACAUCCCUGUCCUCGCCUGAACCUGCGAUUCAGAUUUGGAUUUAUUUAUCAGGUGUACAUUAAAACAUGUUUAAAAAAGUG